GACCUCUCUAGCCCCACAUUUUUACCCCUCCAAAAUUUUACAGUAUCACGUUCCUUGAAAAUAACUUCGAAUAUCAACAAUGGAGAACACAGACGAAGACGAUAUUCCGUAAGCUCACUACGAUUACAAAAAUAUCCCCGAGACGUCACUAACGAAACUACUGAAAGCGUUCUAUCGGGCUCAGCGCUGGAUGCACUGAAAGAGUUUUACGCAGAUCGAGAUGCGCAUCAGCAGAAAUUCGAAGCCUUGAAGCAGCGGGCUGAAGAUCAGGCUGAUGGUGUUCCAUUGACUAUGGAUGCCUUUGCUGAGGAUUGGAAUGAAUCGCAAUUUUGGGUCAGUUUUCUUGAAUUCGGUUAUUCUGUUUGAAAUUUUGAGGUUGGGGGCUGGAAUGCUCAUGAUAUGGAGAUGUAGUAUUCCAAUGAGACAGCUAUAAUUCUUGCGCAGGAACUCCUGACAGAUGCGGUUGCUGAGACGGUUAUUGCGGUUGUCUCGGCUCCGAGUGUUUUUAUUCAGUUGAAGAAUAUUGUUGUAAGUUCAGUUCGUAGGUUGUGAUGCACGUGUGUGGACAAGAAGAUUAACAUUUGGAAGGCAGGGUGGCCGGUGGAUAAGAGGCCAAACCUUCAUUUGUUGGAGUUUGAUGAGAGGUUUGGGGUUUUUCCUGAGUUUAGCUUCUAUGAUUUUAAUAAUCCCUUGAAGCUUCCUUGUGAGUUCUACAAGCGCUUGGGUUGACGUGCGGCUGGACUUUUACUGAUAGGUAGGAAGCGCAUUUGAAGGGGUGUGCUGAUCGUGUUAUUUGCGAUCCGCCAUUUUUGAGCGAGGAGUGCCAAACUAAAGGUAUAUAAUCAUUUGGUUCGUGGAUGUGGUUCUUAGCAUACUAAGUUGAAUUUUCUAGCAUCUCUAACUAUUCGAUGGCUGUCAAAGUCAUGGGGUCAAAACGAAUCGUUGAUGUCAUGGGGUCAAGAACAAUCUGCGUCGCCGUCGAAGCUCAUCGUAUGUACCGGUGAGCGUGUAGGAGAUAUUGUGAAUAAGCUUUAUCGACCGUAAGUAUUCAUUUCUAUAUUGGUGGCAUAUUAACUCAUAUAAAAUAGACAAGGUAUUGCAACUACGACUUUUCUUCCUGUACACGCGAAGGGGUUGAGUAAUGAGUUCUUUUGUUUCGCGAAUUUUGAAUGCGAACACUGGACGUGGAGAAAGCCAGAAGAGAAGUAGUAUACGAAUGGCUAAAAGAGUAUCUUAUUUCCAUGAUAGAAGAAUCAGGUACAUUCAAAGAG